CUUUUACUCGCAGCAACAAGUCCAGCAGAUUCAUAAUGCCGCAGUUGAAUUAGUGAUGUUUACAGCAGAGCAGGCUAUGGCGACUGCAGCAUCAGAUGAUCUGUAUCCUCUGAAGCGCUGUAGGAGCUAUGAUUGGCUGCCACCUAACAUGUCAGAGCUGAGGGUUGUUCUGCUGGGAAACAGCUGGUCUGAGAGAAGUUCAGUGGGGAACUUCAUACUGGGAGAGACUGUGUUCAACACUGAGGAUGAACCAGACCACUGUCUGAGAGAAAGAGGACAGUUGGAGGACAAAAGAAUAGUUAUCAUCAACACUCCAGAUCUGCUGCAUCCCAACAUCUCUGAAGAAAAACUGACAGAACAUGUAGAAAACUGUGUGAGACUCUCUGAUCCUGGACCUCAUGUGUUCUUGCUGGUUCUACAGCCUGAAGACUUCACUGAGCAACACAAAGUGAAGCUCUGCAGAGUCCUUGAAAAGUUUAGUGACGGGUCAUAUAAUCAUUCAUUGGUUCUGAUAUCAACAACCAGAGUAGAGAGAUCAGGUUUAAUGGAAACAUACAUGGAACACCCUCCAUUAAAAGACAUGAUCAUCAAAUGUAGAUACAGAUACUUGAAGCGAAAGGGCCUUGAACUUCCAGAGCUGUUAACACGCUUGGGUCAAACGGCAAAGGAGAACAAUGGAGAGCAUGUGAGCUGUGACGUAUUUAAGGACACCACAUCUACUUUACCAGCUGAUCAUCAAAGUCCAAAACAAAAGGAAAAACAAACUCCCAUCACAGAUGCUGUUAAAGCUGCUGGGCUGCAAGUCUUAAACAAAAUCACUGCACAAUUUUCACUCUCGGAGAAAACCCCUGCAACUGACACAUCGGCAUUCAGGAUUGUGCUUCUGGGAAAAAGUGAGAACAAACAGAAAAAGCUUUAUAACUUCAUCAAGCAAAGUAUGGCCACCUUUGAAGAUUGGAGAGGGACACCAUUAACAAUAGUGAAAACUCCAGACAUGUUUACUCUGUCUGAGGAGAACGUGAGAAGAGAGGUUAGGCGGUGUGUGACUCUUUGUUCACCUGGACCAAAUGUCCUCCUGCUGUUAGUGAAACCAUCUGAUUUCACUGAGAAGAAUAGACAAACACUGAAGUCCAUCCUACAUUUGUUUGGUCAAGAUUCCUUUAAGUACUCAAUGAUCAUCAUAACACAUGAGGGGAAUGAAAGGAGUGUUUGUGUUACAGAACUCCUUAAAGACUGUGGAGGGAGACACUAUAGCAUGUCUGAAGAUAACCACAGAUCAUUGUUGCAGAAGAUUAAGAAGAUUGUGCAUGAAAACAAAGGAACCUUCCUCACCUUCACUGAAGAGACCACCAGACCAACAUCUGGACACAUCAGGCCAGCUUUAAACCUGGUUCUGUGUGGGAGGAGAGGAGCAGGGAAGACUUCAGCAGCCAAAGCCAUUUUAGGACAGACAGAGCUUCGUUCAGUCUCCAACUCAUCAGAGUGUGUUAAACAUCAGGGGGAGGUGUGUGGACGUUGGGUUUCCCUGGUGGAGCUGCCUGCCUUGUAUGGAGAAGGUCAAGAAGUAGUGAUGGAGGAAUCAUUACGGUGUAUCUCCCUCUGUGAUCCUGAGGGCGUACAUGCCUUCAUCCUGGUCCUACCUGUGGGCCCCCUCACUGAUGAAGACAAGGGAGAGUUGGAGACCAUCCAGAACACUUUCAGCUCUCCAGUCAAUGACUUCACCAUGAUUCUGUUCACUGUGGAGACAGAUCCCACAGCUCCAGAUGUUGUUAAGUUUCUUAAGGAAAACAGGGAGAUCCAGGUGCUCUGUCAGAGCUGUGGAGAAAGAUGUGUUGUUCUCAACAUCAAGGACCGGCAGCAGAUCCCAGAGCUGUUGGAUACUGUGGAAGAGAUGAGAGUUGAAGAAUCCAGAUGUUUCACAAUGAAGAUGUUUGCCAAGGUUCAGGUGGAGAAGUUUGAAGAGCAGGAGAACAUUAAUAAAAGGCUCAAAGCUGAACUGAGGGAUUUAAAACAUAAAAGUAAUAUGGGAACUGAUGACACCCUUCAGAGCAGAGAGUGUCUCAGAAUUGUGCUGAUUGGAAAAACUGGCAGUGGGAAGAGUGCAACUGGAAACACCAUUCUGGGUAAAGAAUGUUUUACAUCUGUACCCAGCUCAAAGUCUGUGACCAAGUUUUGUGAAAAAGCAACAGGCGAGAUUGAUAGACAAUCUGUUGCUGUGGUCGACACUCCCGGCUUGUUCGACACAACAGUGUCCAAUGAUGACGUUCAACAUGAACUUGUGAAAUGCAUCAGCAUGUUGUCUCCUGGACCACAUGUGUUCUUACUUGUGCUGCAGAUCGGUCGCUUCACACAAGAGGAAAAAGACUCUGUGGAACUGAUCAAGAAAUAUUUUGGCAAGAAUUCAGGAGAUUUCAUCAUCAUUAUAUUCACCAGAGGUGAUGAUCUGAAAAACAAUACAAUUGAGAGUUACAUACAAGACUGUGAUGACUUUUUGAAAAAACUGAUACAUGACUGUGGAGGAAGAUACCAGGUCUUCAAUAACAACAAUCAAACGGAUCGGAAUCAAGCCAGAGAGCUGCUGAAGAAGUCCAAAAAAAUGCUGAAGAAAAACGGCGGCAACUGCUACACUUCAGAAAUGUUCCAGGAGGCCGAGGCAGCAAUACAGAAGGAAGUGGAUAGGAUCAUGAAAGAGAAAGAAGAAGAAAUGCAGAGACAGAAGAAGGAGCUCCAGAGAAAACAUGAGGAGGAAAUAGAAGAAGUGAAGAGAAGGAUGAAACAACAGAAAGCAGAAAUUGAACAAGAGAGAGUCAAACAACUUAAAGAAAUGGAGGAAAACAUCAGAAAGGAACGUGAGGGGAGAAAGAAAGAACAGGAAAUGAGAGAAGAAGAGGACAGAAAGAGAAAAAAGGAUGAGGAACAACAACGACAGGACUGGGAAAAAAAACUUGACAGAGAGUUGGAACAGAGUAAAGAAGAGAUGAAAAAGCAAAAAGAGGACUGGGAGAAGGAAAGAAAAGAAUGGUGGGACAAAACUUAUCAAGAAAACAACAAGAGACGGCAUGAGGAGCAAACAAGACUUAAAAAGCUCCAAGAAGAAUAUGAACAGGAAAGAGAAAAACAUGAAAUUAAAAGAAAAGAAGAAGAUCGGAACAGAAGAGAACAGGAGGAGAAGGAGAGGAAAGAAUUAGAGAUAAACUAUGAGAAAAAGCUGGCGGAAAUGAAGAAGAAAUAUGAAGAGGAGGCCAGAAAACAAGCCGAAGAGUUCAACGAGUUCAGAAAGAAAUACACCAAGGACUUUACAGUGUUGGUGGAGAAGCACAUGGAGGAAAUACAGGAAAUGAAGCUAAGGCAUCUAACACAGAUGCGGGAGAAAGAAGACAGACAUGACAAAGACUACACUCUGUUACAAAAACUCUCAAGUCACAAAGAAAAAGCGCUGAAAGAAGAAACUGAGAACUUAAAGAAAAAGCAUGAACAAGAAAUAAAUGAACUAAAACAGCAAUACAAAGAUAAAUGUAUCAUCCUCUGA